UGGAGACUACCUGGAGAGACUCAGGUGAAACUCAGAGCGAGAACGGAUUCCACCUGCUGCGAUCUCUGGAUUCUUACAGCCCAGACGUAACUACCUGCCUCCGCCGCACCGCUGCCGCCGCACCUGCCCCGGGGUAUCGAGGGGACGCUCGCUGUGACCUUGGAAUGGGACGCUUGGCAUUUCUCUGCACUCUGCUGGUGCUGCUGGGAGGCACUCGCUUGGCAUCAUGUCAAGUUCACAGCCGCAUUGUUGGUGGAGAAGACGCUCGGGCUGAUGAGUGGCCGUGGCAGGCCAGUAUAAAUUACAACGGUGAGCAUGCGUGCGGGGGGUCUCUGAUCUCAACGGAGUGGGUCCUAUCUGCCGCUCACUGCUUUCCAGGAGACCACGAGCUUACUGGUUACGCGGUUAAAGUGGGGGCCCUCAGCCUGGGAUCCCCGAGCCCCAACGAACAGCUGAGGAACGUGGCGGAGGUGAAGAAAAACCCUUCCUACUCGGAGGACAGCUCGCAGGGGGACCUGGCGCUCGUCCGGCUCAGCGCCCCCGUCACCCUCUCCAGUGCCGUUCAGCCCGUUUCCCUGCCGGCCGCCGGGGUCCAGUUCCCGGUGGGCAUGAAAUGCAAAGUGACCGGAUGGGGGAACGUACGCCAAGGAGCCUCGCUGCCAGAGCCGCGCACGCUGCAAGUCGGAGAGGUGGCGCUCGUCGGCAGGCAGACCUGUAACUGCCUCUAUCACAUCAACCCCACGUCGGCCACCUUGGGGUACAUCCAGCAGGACAUGAUCUGCGCUGGAUCCGCACAGGGAUCUGUCGACGCCUGCCAGGGCGACUCCGGAGGGCCCCUCUCCUGCCAGGUGAAUGGUAACUGGUACCAAGCAGGGGUCGUCAGCUGGGGUGAUGAGUGCGGGGCCCCAAACAGACCCGGAGUCUACAUUCUGACCAGCGUCUACGCCGACUGGAUCCGCAGCGUGGUGCCCGACGCUCGCAUCGAAUCCGUCACGGUCGACCUGCCCCCUGCUCCAGAGAACGAGAGCGGAUGCGUCGGGGCAGACGGCGUGUUUUACCCCAACGGAGCCCCCGUGUUUCUGGUGACCUUUGCCGCUCUCCCGCUGUACUGGUUGACGGUGUAUCUCCUGAGCAGCUCCUAAAGACUUGAACAGCCGCCGCUGCCGGCCCCAGGGCCACGUGUACAGAGACUGAGGCCCACGCGGAGAUUUGUAACAUAACCGACAAAGGAAAUCCUGAAAUUCUUUUUACUCCUAAAAUUGUAAAAUACUGUGAUUGUCGCUCCGUUUAGCUAACGGGGGCCAGGCUUGCAGACGUGAUGCUGGAGGUGAUGCGUGUAAAAGACACGGAACCUGUGUGUGUUUCUGCUGGGAUCGGUGGGCACGUAAGCCAAAGACCCCUUUUCUCCAGCUCCGUUUGUGAAAUCUGUGAGCUUCCUGCCGCCGCUGUGCGCCCAAUAAUGUCUCCCCCC